AGAAGAAGAGGAAGAAUAGAAUGAUGGAGAAGAGGAGAAGAAAAAGAAGAAGAUGAGUAGAUGAUAAGAAUAAAAUGACGAUUUUGAGUAGAAGAAGAAGAAUAAAUAAUAGAACAUGAUGACAAAAAGAUAAUAGUAAGAAGCAGAAGAAGGAGAAAAAGAAGAAGAGCUACAACAUGAUGAUGAAGAAAAAUAAGUAGGAGAUGAAGAGAAUAAGAUAACAUGAGAAAAGAAGAAGAAGCUGAUGUAUUACUAUUAUUACAUUCAUUUAAACUACAUAAGUCACCCAAUCCAUAAUAUUUGGUGAAGCUGAAUUUUUGCAGGAUGUUAGUAUACAUAAUUAAUAGCCUGGAAUCACAAUAUACUCAUUUUUCUCUCACUUGCUCUAUAAGGUCAACUUUUGUAAAGAUAUCCAAUACUCCAGAAUCAUUACCCGAAAAAUGUUGCGUUUUCGGAACUAAUUAUCAAAACUGCCCUUUUUCACUAUCUCGUAACUGGACUAUUAUUAACUAAUGAGCUGUUUAACAUGCAUUUGAACAUGAAGAUUCUGAAUUUAUCACUUUUAUACCCUGGCCACCAUGGGCGCCGACUUAUCAAAAUCUUUGGGUGGGCUCAUUGGUUAGGGGUCUGGGGAGGGGUUUUUUCCAUAUAAUUGAUCAGAAUUUUUUGUGGACUCAGCCCCCCAAAAUAUUUUUUGGGUGGGCUCCACAGCCUACCUACCUACCUACCUACCCAGACCUUAUGGAAUCGGCAUCAGUGCUGGUCACUUUUUUGAAAACUGAGUAUCCUACCAUUAUAAUAUAAUGGAGAACUUCGUUUCUCUGAUACCUUUUUGGCUAUUGCAUUUUGUGUUUCACACAGAAAGGACUUGUCACGGUUGAUUAUAAGAAUCGUUCAAUGGUGGGUGUUGAGCUUUGAAAAUGCUGCUUUUGUUUAUUGAAGCCCCGCUUAUGCUGGGGGUGCUACAGGCUGGUUGUUGUCUUGUUGAAGACAGUCUGCUGUUUGUCCUCUUUCUGGAUGGUUGAUUGUGUUGUGAUAGUUUCGUGUUUGCCGUCUUGGUCUCGAGCAAUUGACUAAAAGUGAAGAGACUAAGUUACUCGCCAAUGUGAAUAAUCGAGCUUCCGCGAUGUCAUUUACAGUGUGCUCUUACAAAGGCUGCACAAACAGUGCAGCAAAAAUCAAAGGACUGAAGAUGUUCCGUUUUUCCAAAUCUUUAUCAGAAAUUUGGAUACGUCAUACAGGAAAUUCUGAUUUGAUUGGACUAUCUCCAACAAAAUUGAACAAGCUAAAGAGAGUCUGUGAGCAGCAUUUUCGAGAAUCGGAUAUUCUGCCAAGUGGCCGAUUGAUGAAUGGCGCUGUUCCAUUGUGCUACGUUGCACCAGAAGUAAUACCUGGCCCUUCACACCCACCACUUGUUCCAGAAUCCCCUACACCGACUCUUAAUAGAUCAUCAUCCACUCCCCGAAAAUAUAGAAAUAUUAGUGCAUUGGGUAAUCCUCCCGUCUCGCCAUCACCAACUUCUCCAUCACUCAGCACCCCAUCUGGCAAGUUUUGGGUGAAUAAUGUAUCACCAUCGCCAAAGCUGAAGUCGGUGAAUAGAGCUUUAUUUGGUUCAUCGAAUAAGAGUUUGGAAGAGAAAGUGAAAGUGUUGUCAACGAAGGUUGCAGUCUUGAGAAAUAAGUUAGCUAGUAAGAGAGCAACUAUUUACAGGUUGAAGAAGCAAUUGAAACAAAAAAGGGUUUCUGACUCUCAAAAAUUUGCUUUGUUGAAUUUCCCCCUCCGAAGUGAAGAAGCUGCUAUCGUGUGGAGAAUGCAGAAGCAUAAAAAAAAUCAACCAUGGUCGAAAAAGGAGAAGAUGAUCAGCACAACUCUCUAUUUGGUUUCUCCUGCAGCCUAUAAGUUUCUCAAACAAAUUAUGAUUUUUCCAGGCAUCAGCACUAUAAAAGCUUGGAUUUCUGAGAAAAACUCCUAUAGAACUGGUUUCAACAAAGAUCUAAUGGAGAGGAUCAGAGCGAAGGCUCGGUGCAUGUCAUCAAAAGAAAAGUCAUGUGUUCUUAUGUUUGAUGAUAUGGCUAUCAAACAGGCCUUGGAGUACUCGACAAACUUGGAUAUCAUAGAAGGAUAUCAAGAUAUAGGAAAUUAUGGCCGUGAUUGUCAUUUAGGCAAGCAAGCAACAGUUUUUAUGAUUCGGGGCCUCUAUUAUCAAUGGAAGUUACCAGUUGGUUAUUUCAUAACUGAGAAAGGACUGUCAGGCGAUAAAACUAAAACUCUGUUGCUUGAUUGUGUAACGUUUCUCGAAAAUGCAGGUCUUGAUGUUAGAGCUGUUGUUUGCGACCAGUGUACCACUAAUCGUAGUGCAUACAAGCAGCUUGGAGUAAGUCCUGCACGGCCAUAUUUUGAAAUGAGUGGAGGACGAGUUGUCCAUGCACUUUUCGAUGUUCCUCAUCUUGUAAAUCAGUUCGAAACAACCUCCUCACACAUGAUUUUAUAAUGGAUAACAGAGUUAUAUCAUUCAGAGACAUCGAGGAGAUGUAUGCAAUUGAUUCCAGCAGUGGGUCAACGAGAGCUGCUCACCAGUUGACACCAAGUCAUAUCUGGCCGAAUAGUUUCCAAAAAAUGAAGGUUUCGCUUGCAACACAAAUUUUCAGUCAUACAACAGCAGCUGCUUUGAAAACUGUGGUAGCAACUGGUCAAUUGAGAAGUGAGACAGCAUUGGAUACAGCUGAAUUUAUUGUGCACAUGAAUUCCCUCUUUGAUGCCCUUAACAGUAAGAAGAAAUUUUCGAGAAAUCCAGACAAUUCUGCUCUAAGCAAAGACAAUGUUCAUGUAAACAGUAUUUUGAAGACAUCAUUAGGGAUAUUCCAAAAACUCGAAAAAAUCAAUGCAAAAAAAAAGAGGCCACCGUGCUUUGAAGGAUUUUUGUUGACAAUAAAUUCAGUGUUGUCUCUAAUCGAUGCUGAGGGAGUGGAAUACCUACUCACUUCUCGAUUGAAUCAGGACCCAAUCGAGAACUUAUUCUCGUCAAUUAGACAAAGGGGUGGAUGGAAUAGGAAUCCAACAGUUCGGGUUUUCAGAGGAUCUCUGAGACUAUUCAAUUUGAAGUAUUUGAUGGAGCCACCUAGGACAUCAAGUUAUACUUUGGAUGAAGAUGAGAUACUUAUCAUUGACCAAAAUGAAAAGAUGGAAGGAAUAGUUCCGGAAACUCUAGAAGAUGUUCAGUCAGUGGAAACCAUGUCAAUUGGAUCUUCCAAUGAAUCUUCUUCAUGCUCGGAAACUGAUGAGACAUCCAGGAGCCUCCCAGGAAUAGACAACUUCGAAGCAACCACGUUAGAGAGCUGUUCACAAACGUAUUUUGCUGGGUACUUGGCUUACAGAUGCUAUCGGAAAUACGUUUGUGAAAAAUGUCUCAACUCACAAUGUGAUAUGAACUCCAAUCUAUCUAGCGCUGAAGAACUUCUAAUUAUGAAUAGGACGUUUUCUAGUAUGAGACUGCAAGAAGGAGGUGGGUUGAAAGCACCAUCGAAAGCUUUCAAUGAAAUAGUCAGCCACUCAUUGAAAAUGUACAAGGCUUUUUUCAAAAAAAUCUCAUUCAAGAAUAAUGUAGUUGCACGACUAAUGAAAAUCACCAUCAAGAAAAUCGAUUUUUCAGAUAUUGAUGAUGAGUGUCGAAAACACUACAUGUUCACCUUGAAAUUGCUCUUCAGAGUAUUGAUUUUCAAGCAGUGUCGGUGGGUAACAUCAUCCUGUAAGAAGUCAUCCAUUGAAAAAAUGAAAGUUUUGCAAAAUAUUUGAGGCUUUGGCAUCUAUGAUUAGAACAUUUUCAUUAUUUGGUUACAACCUUGGUAACCAAGCCCAGGUUGUAAAGUUUCGACCCUCAGGAGAGGGCGGGGUAAUUGGGUGUCAUCCAGCUUUAGCCUAACUCUACCCUGUUAGAUUGACAGCUCAUCCCUGGGUAGGGCCAACACAAUUUGAAAAUGUUCUCAUCUGCAAUCAUAAUGUCUAUUGCUGCAACAUUAGAAAUCUAGGUCUCCAGCAUGUAAAAAUUGUAUAAAUAGUGAAAUAAAUAAAUAGACGUUUAUUGUAAUAUAUGUAUAUACAUAACUUGAGUUAUAUCAUAAGAAAGUAAUAUUAUAUCAAAGAAAGGGAAGUUUGUCAUGAUAAGUUAGGAAUUGGAAAAAUUGUAAUAUAAGUAGAAGUAGAACAAGUAGGACUAAAAAUGCACCUGCCAAAAUUUGUUAAUUUGAAUUACUCAAGUUCCUGUAUAAAUUGUAGUAUAUGUAUAUACAUAAAACAAGUAGCAUUAGAAAUGAACAUAUGAGAGUUUUAUAAAUUUGAACUAAUAAGUUAUCAUGUGUAAAUUGUAAUAUAUUAUGCAUGUAUGUAAACAAGUAGCACUAAAGAUGUACAUAUCAAAUUUUGAAUGAAUUGGAA